UACAAACUUGGAAAUUUUGGAUUGAUGCCAACAUGGACAAUGCCAGGAUAGUUUUAAGGGACACCAACAGGAAAAGGCGUCAUCAUGGAGUUCCACCUUUGACUUUGGAUCUUAAUCUCAGCGAGGAUUGCGAAAUUUAUGCUAGGAAACUUGCAAAAUCGCACAAUUACACCUAUUCCGACACCACUAAUUCUGCAUACACAGAAAAUAUAUGCAAAUACGAAGUUAAAGUGGGAAGACUCUCAAGGUGCGUUCAAAAUUGGUAUCAUGGAAGAGAAUAUGAUUUUGCAGAUCCUAGAGCUAGAACAUUCACUGCUAUGAUUUGGAGAUCUUCAAAAUAUAUGGGGCAUGGAGACGCCCAAAUAAGCCCUUCGACAGGCAUUAUGGUGGUCAGAUACACUCCCCCUGGAAAUGUUGCUGGAUUGUACACUGACAACGUGCCCCCUAGGAAAAAUAAACAUAAAAAGAAGAAAUCGAAGAAUGAGUUGGGGACUGAAAACCUUUUCAGAAACUGUGCGACUCGUCUGGAUCAUCGAUCUUCAAUGGUAUUUUCGAUUUUCUUAUGGAUAUUGGUAAAAAAAACUUUAGACAACGUUUUUUAAUUGUUAUAAACUGUUGUACAAAGCUUUGCUUACUUUAUAACCUCCCCUUGACAUAAUAAAUGUACAUAGCUUACCAAAA